UUUUUAAAUUUUAGAGAUAAAUUUAAUACAAGCUUCUUUUCAAGUCACUUGAAGAGUCCUUUAUGAAAUUACUCUAUUUUCAAGAUUUUUAUGGAAACAUUCAUGUUAUUUCCCUGUUUCUCAUUCAUGAAUGGGACUAUAAAAUCUUUAACUGUCUCUAAAGUGUGUUUGGGAGUCUUCAAAACUGGAUGAGCAGAGACAUGAUUUUCAUAUUUCCCUUGGAUACCUUUCUUUUGAUCCUCUUUCUGAUCAGUAGCUUUAGACUUCCUCCAUCUUCGAAUGGCCCCAAGCCUAGAAGUCCUUGCAGUCUUUUGCUCAUCUUUAGUUGAAGUUUCUUUAUCAGAGGUUGAAGACUGUGAUGUAUUCAAUGGGCUGGUAGGUUCCUUACCCAAUAAAUCAUCUUCUUCGUUACCCAUUUUCUGGCCUUUAGUCUUGACAAUACUUCUAAAGUUGGAGAUAGAGCAAUUCUCUUUCCCUUCUUUAGGAAUUUCUUCUGUAAUCUGAUUAAAUUUUGGUGUUAAGGUUGCCAUCUUUGGAUAAUA